UCCUCCAAAGGGACCUUCUAGGCUGCGCGCCGGUUGCCCCCGAUCGGGUCCGCCCGCCCGCAGCGUCUCGUUGGUGCUGCCGGUGACCUCCGACCCCGCGGCUGCGGGGCGGGGAGGCCUCAGCUCCGGGCGGGCGGCGGCUGUCUGCAGCGGGACCCGGGAGCGGGGCCCGGCGCCGCCCGGGCCGCGGGGCGAUGUGAGCCCCAGGGAGAUCCAGGUGACUUCUCUGCAGACGGCUUGUCAUGACGCCCCACCAAGAAAGGGGGGAAUAAAGUGGGGGUCCUUCCCCAUGCCCCUCCCAUGGUCGGCUCCCCGAUGGCCUGGGUGAGGGCGGGCCGGCUGCUUUGACACCAUGGGGAGCUGCUGCAGCUGCCUGAACAGAGACAGCGUCCCAGACAACCACCCCACCAAGUUCAAGGUGACGAACGUGGAUGAUGAAGGGGUGGAACUGGGCUCCGGGGUGAUGGAGCUGACGCAGAGCGAGCUGGUGCUGCACCUGCAUCGGCGCGAGGCUGUCCGCUGGCCUUACCUCUGCCUGCGGCGCUAUGGCUACGACUCCAACCUCUUCUCUUUUGAGAGUGGCCGCCGGUGUCAGACAGGCCAGGGGAUAUUUGCAUUCAAGUGCUCCCGGGCCGAGGAAAUCUUCAACCUCCUCCAGGAUCUGAUGCAGUGCAACAGCAUCAAUGUGAUGGAAGAGCCGGUCAUCAUCACCCGCAACAGCCACCCAGCUGAGCUUGAUCUCCCUCGGGCCCCCCAGCCUCCCAGUGCUCUAGGCUACACGGUCUCUAGCUUCUCCAAUGGCUUCCCUGGCUGCCCAGGAGAGGGUCCGAGAUUCUCAGCACCCCGACGCCCCUCGACCAGCAGCCUGCGACACCCCUCACUUGGGGAAGAGUCCACCCAUGCCCUCAUUGCCCCCGAUGAGCAGUCCCAUACCUACGUCAACACGCCCACCGGGGAGGAUGAGCACCGCAGGAGCCGGCACUGCCUGCAGCCCCUGCCCGAGGGCCAGGCGCCCCUCGCCCCGCAGGCCCGGGCCUCCGACCAGCGGGCCCCGCAGGUGUUCCUGCAGCCGGGCCAGGUGAAGUUCGUGUUGGGCCCCACCCCGGCUCGGCGGCAGGUGACUAAGUGCCAAGGCCUCUGCCCGGGGCUGCAGGACGCCCCCCCCAACAACAACAACAACGAGGGCCCUUCCGAGUGCCCGGCCCAGCCCAGGUGCACCUACGAGAACGUCAGCGCGGGGCUGCGGCCCGGGGCCGGCUGGAGACUGAGCCCGGAGGAGCCGGGCUGGAACGGCCUCGCCCACCGCCGGGCCGCGCUGCUGCACUACGAGAACCUGCCCUCCCUGCCACCCGUGUGGGAGAGCCAGGCCCAGCCGCUGGGGGAGGAGGCCGGCGAGGACGGGGACUCGAGGGACGGGCUCACGCCCUCCUCCAACGGCUUCCCCGAAGGCGAGGAGGACGAGACCCCGCUGCAGAAGCCCACCAGCACCCGGGCUGCCCUCCGCAGCCACGGCAGCUUCCCUGUGCCGCUGACCCGCCGCCGAGGCUCCCCAAGGGUCUUCAACUUCGAUUUCCGCCGGCCGGGCCCCGAGCCCCCGAGGCAGCUCAACUACAUCCAGGUGGAGCUGAAGGGCUGGGGAGGAGACCGGCCCAAGGGGCCCCAGAACCCCUCCGCCCCGCGAGCCCCUGUGCCCAUCACCCACCCUGCCCGCAGCUCAGACUCCUACGCCGUGAUCGACCUCAAAAAGACCGUGGCCAUGUCCAAUCUGCAGAGGGCUCUGCCCCGCGACGACGGCACCGCCAGGAAAACCCGGCACAACAGCACCGACCUGCCUCUGUAGGGACCCCCACCGCCCGCCGCUGCCGCUGCCGGCCUCCGCCUCCGCUCGUGCCCCGAGCCCCCGCGCCCAGGGCUCAGGGUUGCUUCGCAGAAGGGCACUGAGGUGGGACCAGAUGCUUCCCCGCACUGGCCGGAGUCCCCGAAGAUGACAGCCGCUGAGUCUCCCCGUCUCCAGGCUGGAGACAGAAGGGGGCGACCAGGCGAGGAGGGAGCCAUGACGUGAACUGCGAAGGGUCCCGUGAUUGCAUUUAGCGCCCUCCCCGUUAGGUCCAUUUGUCUCGUCUGUUGUCUGUGUGUUUUUUUUGGUUGAAAUUUGGAAACAUUUUGUACCUGUUGAUUUUAUUUAUCAGUUUAUUUUUCUAUUUAUUGUUUUAAAUGUAAUUUAACAUAUUUAUUAUUAAUAGAAUUAUUUUUAAAUUCUGA